AUGACCCCCCAUCAGCGCAGUUCUCGCUUUCAAGCGGACUUCGAUCAGCAUGGGGAUAUUCCAACCCAGCAAGUGCCCUUGGAUCCACCUAUGAUCAUAUGGGCCAACGGUCUCCCUUGGUUCCCUAUCUACAAGGCCUUUUAUGUCCUCUAUGGUAGUUGGAAUCGCGCCUCGUACCUCGUCGGACGCAAGUAUCGUCUCAGCAUCUCCGAGUUCUACCUCGGCGCGGCACUGGCGCCACCCGAAGCUGUCCAUGCUAGCCUGGAAGACUCUCUGAUCCGCCUCACUUUGCGCGCAUUCGACUCUAUAACAUACCCAGCGCCAAAUCUCACGCAGGGCCCACUUGAUUUGAUCCAUGUCACCACUAUCAGUUGGGGAGAAAACAAGGUGCCAUCCUCGCGUCAUGCACUAUAUAUAUCGGAGCCUGGAAUAUCUGAGCAUAGUGCUUAG